AUGCUACAUCUUGGAAGUCAGACUCUGAACGGGACGUCGACCAUGGAGUUGUUGACAUGUAAGGAGUGUGUGCGGAAGAAGCGCGUUUCCUGCGGGCCCAGGACGGAGGGCUGCGCCCCGCUGGUGCUUCGGAGAUGUACUCGCCCUUGCUGCAACCACCGACCUCGCCUCCUCCUGGACGACCAGCUGGUGUCUCUGUGUUCCGUCCUGGAGAUCUCUACGAUGCCGAGACUACCGAAACAACCGGAGGUCAAGCCGUCUCCUCGACAUCGGAGCUCGGUGUGUGCCUGCAAAUCCACAAACGAUCAAGCUCAAAAACAGGAAAAGAAGGUAAGUCCGAGUAUAUUAUGUAUUCCCCAGUAA